GAUAUCGCUCGUGAAUCGACUCGACGAGAGAGAGAGAGCGCGCGCGCGAUACACUUCGCGAUACGGACGGUGCAUCCAAGUGAGCCUCCGUCUCAUCCGCGCGCUCGUCGGGCUUCCGCGAAGCGGGGUGCAAAACGUCGAUUGCGAAAAACGAAGAAAGAAGCCGCAGUCGCUCGCGAUCAAGCUGACCGGGACACGCGCUCGAGCGUGUGCGCGGCCGAGCGAAUUCGCCCCCGGGAACCCCGGGAGCCCCGGGAGUCACGACUUGGCUCGCAUCCGCCGUUCUCGACGGCACGCGGCGGCAUUACGAGAAAGCCGGGACGCGAUGCGCAAGACGCCGCGAGCGUAAACUUGUGCGUGUGUAUCGAUCAGCUAUAGCAAUUGCAGCCUUUCUUUCAGACGGCCCGGACUCGCUAUGCCCGUCUGCCUCGGCAACGACCCCACCGGCGCCAUCGAGUACAGGAUCCUCAGUAAGGACCGGCUCGAGGAGGCGCUCGCCGUGCAGCAGCUGUCGAUGCACCACGAGUGCAUCGCGAUCGGCAUGGGCAUGUACGAGGUGCCCGGUGCGGCCGAGGAGAUGAAGCUCGUGUUCAGGGAGGUCGCCAAGGACGGCUGCACGGUGAUCGCGGUCGAUCGAUCGGACCGUGUGGUCGCGGUGGCGUUCAACAAGUUGUGCGCGCCUCCUAAGCCGGGAGAGACGGAUCCCUUCGAGGCUUUCGUAAAGAACAACGUCGAGCAUCGGCCGUGCCGGGAUCUUAUUGAUUUUCUGGGUGACGUGGAGUCGCGCGUGGACAUCUUCCAGAAGUACAACGCGCGCGGCGCGAUGGAAAUUUUCUACAUGGGCACGGAUCCGCGAUAUCGAGGCCGCGGGAUCGGCGGACAGAUCGCGGACAUGAGCAUCGAGCUCGCGCGGGGAUUGCGCGCGAGGAAGCUGAAGCAGAUUUGCAUCGGCAGCGAGAUCACCAACAAGCACUUGCGACCGGAGGUGGUUUUCGCCGCUGUCGCGUCCACGUACAGCCAGCGUAUCACGGAGAAGCUGAACUUCGAGAUCCUGUAUGAGGCGCGUUACGAGGAUUACGUGCGCGGCGGCAAGAGAAUGUCGGACAGGAUAGGCCAGGAGAACCAGACGGUCAAGUUGGUCGCCCGCAAGCUUUGAAACGAUGUCCGAAUCUUACGUACGGAGAAUCACAUUCGGCGAUGUUGCAAAAUUACCUCUUUUAUUGUUCCGAGAAAGAAGCGGCUCAAUACCUCCGUGCCGUGCGUGAGGUUAAUUUUUUUUGCAUAGUAUAUAAUAUUAUACAAUAUUAUAUGAUAAAUGGUACAUCAUAUUGUUUGUGUCAGAUAUUGUAUAAAAAGAAUAUAUGAUGUAAUUACCGGCCAUAACAGGAAAGAAGCGAGCAUUAAUUGAUCUGAUGCUAGUCUGUCUUAAAGCGACGUAGUUACAAACAAGGAAUACAUUAGAGGGAGAGAGAGAGAGAGAAAGAGAAAGAGACGGGAGGGUGAACACAAGUUAAAGAUUUUUUGUACAAGUAUAUAUAUAUAUAUAUUAAUAUAUUUAAUAUAUCAUUGCCACGACCGCGGAAACGCUCACGACGGUGAUGCGUGGAGACGGCGUCACGAUUUUGAGCGAAACUGCACCCCCGCUCCCAAGUGUAUCAUCCCUUGCACAAAAUUAUG